UUCUGGUGCCUGUCCAGUUGCCCUUGUUACUCCGGCACACUCAUCUUGGGCAACCUGGUUUCCUUUCCAGCCCCCAGUUUCCCUGGUUUGUCCACAGCAGAAGGGCCCACCUGGUCUCCACCAGCUUUUCUCUUCUUUCCUCCCCCUUCAGGACUGUUAUAAAGCUGGUGAAUCUGAUAGACAGGGGGAUGCUGCCUCAGGAUGUCAGGCCUCCCGCACAGAUCCUGCUCCUGAACCCGCUGGACUACCUACAGUGGGUCGAAAACCUCCCUGAACACCUCAAGUACCAGGUCGUCCGCCUCGCUCCAUCCUGCAGCAUCAAGGCCCUGGAGGAAAAGUUCAUGCAGGGCCCUGGCCUGGUAUUUGCAGCCUUCUCCCAAGCCAUCUCGUUGCUUCCCAGUGCUUCUCUCUGGGCCAUGCUCUUCUUCCUUGUCCUGAUCAUCAUGGGACUGAGCACCUUGAUGAAAAUCUUGGAAGGCAUUGCCUUUCCCCUCCAGAACUCCACCUUCAGGCAGCAGCGCUUGCUGCUCUCAGGUACCGUGGAUUCUCACUCUAGUGAAAACCCUGCCCUCCCCACUCCAGGCCACCACCAUCAGAGGCUUGCUGGGGCCCCUGACCAAGCCCUAUGCACUGACCUCAGCGUGGCCAAACCUGCCUCUUCCUUAGCGGUCAUGUGCUUUGGAGGUUUUGUGGGCAGCCUCGUCUUCACCAGUCAUGCAGGCAGCUACAUCGUGUCCUUGUUUGAUGAGCACGUGGUCCCGCUGGCCCUCAUCAUCAUCGUGGCCUUCCAGAACGUGACUCUGGCUUGGGUCUAUGGAGCUAACAGGUUCAGGGAAGAAAUGUACGGUGAUCUGGGCCACUUGAUGUGGUCCUUCUUCGUCUUCCUGUGGCGCUUUGUGACCCUGCUCGGGCUGCUGUCCCUCUUCAUCAUGUGCCUCAUGAGUCUCUACUGGAGUAACCCCCCUCACUACAUCGCCUGGAACAGCAGCCUGAGCCAAGAAAUGAGACAACCCUACCUGCCAAGCACCCUGCACUGGGUCACCGUCCUCAGCAUCCUCACUUGCCUGCCGAUCCCAGUGCACCCGCUUCGGCAGUGGUGGUACCUGCAGGAGAAGGUGGCCAAAGAUCCCUUUGAAAAGAUGCAGUCUAAAAAGCUAAACUUGCCGCCCAGCCCGCCCUCGCAGUGGCCUAAGCGCCACGCAGAGAAGGCCACCUUCAAGUUCCAGGACGGAAAGUACGAGAGCUCCACACCGGUCUUCAAUCUGCCCUCGGCCAGGGCGUCGAAACUGGACUCCCUGUGGCAGUUCAGUCUGCCCUGGAGCCGGCACAGCAAGACCUCCUCCGCCUUCAGCCUGCCGCAAGCCUCCUCCCUGACGUCCAUCUUCCCCCAAAGGAGCGCCAGCAUGCCCACUUCGAACCCAAACUCAACAGUCAUAUUCAACAGUGAAAGAAGCGGGGACGCCAAGGGAGAAACUGAGUCUCUUCCGUAACUGGUGACCCCGCCCAUUUUUCCAAGGAGCAAAUCUGCCCCAUAAUUGGCAGCCUUGGUGCCCAUUUAGCUACGGGAAUCCUUCUUGGUCCUGACAGAGAGGAAGGGGAGGGGCGCUUGGAAAACUUACCUAGAAACCGAUGACGCCAUCGUUUGGCCGUGAGAGGAAAUGGACC